UUGGUCCAACUCUUUCCAACAAAGAUGGACUGAGUCGCAGACUCACAUUCACAGAAGGCUAUGGACAUGACCAAUGAUGUAGGUACUUGUACACUGACCUAUGAGAGUGCUGCCCUUGGAUACAGUGACUUUCCAUUGACAGAGGAACCAGUGUAUCUACUGGGCAUAAAGUACAGUGCUCUAUAUGACAGGGAUGACUUAAAGAAAGAUUUCCUAUCCAGGAUAUGGUGUACCUACAGGAAAAACUUCCCAGCCAUUGGUGGGACAGGUCCAACCUCAGAUGGGGGAUGGGGAUGUAUGUUACGGUGUGGACAGAUGAUGCUUGCCCAGGCUCUGGUGGUCAGGCACCUCGGGAGAGAUUGGAGAUGGAAUCCACACUGCCAUGAUGAAAGAUACAAAAGAGUUCUACAAAUGUUUGCUGACAAGAAAAGUGCAAAUUACUCCAUUCAACAAAUAGCAUCCAUGGGAGUUUCUGAAGGUAAACAAGUUGGAUCUUGGUUUGGACCAAACACAGUGGCUCAAGUUUUAAAGAAGUUAGCUGUGUAUGAUGAGUGGAGUUCUGUUGUGAUUCAUAUAGCCAUGGACAACACUGUUAUAGAGAAUGAUAUCAGGAGUGUUUGUAAAGGAAAUGAACAAAGUGACUGUGAUAUAAUUGGAGUUAGACAAUUAAAACAUAAUUCUGCUGCCACGGGACAAAGCAAAAGUUCUAGUCAAAAUUCCCAGAACCAAAACAAAAACAAACAAAAUACAGUGAAUGUCAAAAGUUGGAAACCACUUUUACUUGUAAUUCCAUUACGACUUGGAUUGACUGAAAUUAAUUCAGUUUAUGUGCAUAGUUUAAAGGCUUGUUUAAGUUUUCCACAGAGUGUGGGUAUCAUUGGAGGCAAACCAAACCAUGCCCACUGGUUUGUUGGUUACAUGGGUGAUAAACUGAUUUACCUUGACCCCCACACUACGCAGCCCUCGGAGGACCUAGACAGCCCAGACUUCCCCGAUGAUAGCUACCACUGUCCCUUUCCUUCCACAAUGAAUGUUAUGGAUUUAGAUCCCUCAAUAGCACUG